AUGCAUCAUCUUAACGUGCUUUUUGGCAAGCCCACCACCACCAUCCAGAUCCCAAGACACAUCCCUAGCAUAUGCCAUCCCACCAACACCCGAAGCACAUCCAACCCCCACCUCCACCUCAGCCCACCCACACCUCUAUACCUUUAUGUAGCCCAUCCAUCAGCCCAUCACCCACUACCUCUCGGGAGAGUUUCAAGCUUUGUGGCAUGUCAUCCACAACACUACCCAACCAACUCCAUCAUGCACCACCAGCCCAUCACCACCAACGGGCCAACCGCCACACCACCACCCGGACCACGGUCAUGUCACCGCACGACCACCCCCAUCCCACCACCACCCCAUCCCACCUCACAACCACCACCAUCUUCCCAGCCCACCCCGACAACCCACUGUUCUCCCAGUCUCCCUGGUGAUCACGCAUCGGAAGGAUCAAAUAAUCCUCCGGGAAACUACUCAUAUUUACACAGAGCCUCUCAAAUCUAA